AAAGCCAAAAAAAAUAGACUCAUUAGUCAACCACUUGAGAGACAAGAAAGGAGAAAAAGAGAAUUUGACUAGACAAAGUGAGAUUCUUCUGUGUCAAAGAAUUUGACUCAGACAAAGAGAUUCUUUUAAUUCAAGUCUUCACAAACAACAAAAGCAUAUAUAAAUUAAGAGUCGUAGUCAUCAUUUAUAUGGUAUACUGCAAAUAGAAGGGCAAAUACAUAAACUCCAUGGCAAAAUCAUCCUUUCAUAAGUCACUCUCCCUUGUUUUUGUUUUCCCCUUCUUUGUUUUGUUACAUGACUCGCUCUGUGUUGCUUCCUCCAAGUCUAACGAACAAGCCGAAGCUCUUCUCAAAUGGACAGCCAGUGUUCAAAUCAAAAACCAGUCUAGCCUAACUAAUUCAUGGACUUUUCCUCCUAAUAAUGCCACUAGUUUGGAACCAUGUUCUUGGGAUGGAAUUUAUUGUGAAGAUGGAAGUGUUUCCAGAAUCAGCCUUGCUUAUUCAGGUAUUUUUGGCACACUCCAUGAAUUUCCAUUCUCAUCUUUCCAUAAUCUUACACAACUCGAUCUUAGCUCCAAUGUACUCUAUGGUUCCAUACCACCUCAAAUUAGUCAUCUUACCAAGCUCAUUUAUCUUGACUUGUCAAAUAAUCAGUUAUCUGGAAAUAUCCCUGCUGAAAUUGGCCUAUUAAUUCAUCUUGAGGUUCUGCGACUCGGGAACAAUCAGCUUAAGGGCUCAAUCACUCAAGAAAUAGGCAAGUUAAGGUCUCUCAACAAGCUUUCUUUGUACAGCAACAAUCUAACGGGACCUAUACCAACUUCUUUGGGAAACUUGACUAACAUGACCUAUUUGGAUCUCUGUAACAAUCUGCUAACUGGUUCUAUCCCUUCCACUGUUGGCAAAUUGAAAAAGCUAACAAUGAUUUCCCUAUCCAAGAACCCAAUUUCUGGCUCAUUUCCGCGGGAGAUGGGAGAUUUGAAAUAUCUUCAAACACUAAGCCUCUAUGAAACAAACCUCGCCGGCCCAAUUCCAAAAUCAUUGGGUGGUCUCACAAAACUCACCCAUCUGUUGCUUUACAGUAAUCAUCUCUGUGGAUCCAUUCCCAAGGAAUUAGGAAAUCUAACAUCUCUUGUUGAUCUACAGCUGUACAGAAAUCAACUCAAUGGUUCUGUUCCGGCUUCGCUUGGUAAAUUGGAAAACCUGGAGAGGAUUAGUCUAAAUAACAACAGACUUUCCGGAUUCAUUCCACCAGAAUUUGGAUCAAUGACUAAUCUUAAGCAUCUGGACCUGUCCCUAAAUAGUUUCAGCCACUCAAUCCCAAAGGAGCUAGGAAACUCGUCGUAUCUGGACUACUUGAGUUUGAGCAAUAACCAGCUCAGCCAUGAAAUUCCAAUUACACUGAUGAACCUAUGUUACCUUUCUCAGCUAGAUCUGAGCAAUAACUUGCUCAUAGGUCAUAUACCAAAUAACAUUAGUGAUUUGGUAAGCUUGGAGAAUCUCAAUCUCUCCCAUAAUAGACUCUCCGGUGGCAUUCCAGUAUGUUUCAAUCAUAUGCCAAAAUUGUUGUCCAUUGAUGUCUCUUAUAAUGAGUUGCAAGGUCCUAUACCAUACGGCAAAGCAAUUCAAGAUCUAGGCUUUGAUGCAUUGCGAGGGAACGAAAAAUUGUGUGGCAACAUUCAAGGACUGCAAUCUUGUAGUAUUAAUGUGAAAUGCAGUGACACUUCUAAUAGAUGCAAACAUAAAAUCCCAAUUCUACUCAUUCUACUCCCACUUUUAGGAGCACUUCUACUUGUAUUUGCGGUCACUGUAUUUUUCAUCAUCAGAAGAAAGAGAAAGGAAGAUCCUCGAGCUGAAGAGAGCAAUGCAUAUGAUAAACGUUUGUCUUUGAUAUCAUCAGCAUUUGAUGGAAGAAUCAUGUACGAAGAAAUCAUUAAAGCAACAAAUGAUUUCGAUGCCACAUAUCGCAUUGGAAGAGGAGGAUUUGGAACAGUCUACAAAGCAGAGUUGCCUUCCGUUGGCAUUGUGGCCGUAAAAAAAUUUCACUCAUCAGUUGAUGGCAAGCAUGCAUUCCAAAAGGAGUUCUUGAAUGAGAUAAAGGCAUUAUUGGAGAUAAAGCAUCGAAACAUUGUGAAGCUUCAUGGGUUUUGCUCGAAUGCUCGACACUCUUUUUUGGUAUAUGAGUAUCUUGAAAUGGGUAGCUUGGCAUCAUUUCUGAAAAGAGAAGAAUCUGCCAAAGAAUUAGAUUGGAGUAAAAGAUUGAAUAUUGUUAAAGGUGUGGCUCGGGCCCUCUGUUACUUGCACCAUGAUUGCUUACUGCCGAUUGUCCACCGAGACAUAACGAGCAGCAAUGUUUUACUAGAUUCCAAGUGCGAGGCUCAUGUAUCAGACUUUGGCACUGCUAAGCUUCUAAGGACCAACUCCUCCAAUCGGUCUAAAAUUGCAGGCACCUAUGGUUAUAUUGCACCAGAGUUUGCCUACAUGAUGAAGGUAACAGAGAAAUGUGAUGUGUAUAGUUUUGGGGUAUUAUCAGUGGAAGUGAUCAAAGGACGGCAUCCAGGUGACAUAAUUGAAUCUCUAUUGGCUACUCGGGCAGAGGAGAAGAUGGUACUAAAAGACAUUUUGGACCAACGCCUUCCCCCUCCUUCCCGUGCAAUUAAAUACGAACUGACAGUAAUCCUGGAACUUGCAACUCAAUGCUUGGACUCUAAUCCAAAACAUAGACCAACCAUGCAUAUGAUUUGUAAACAACUUUUAACUCGAUUUGGUUUCCAAGAUCCAGCUCCACAACUAUGUUUGGAUUAACUAGUAAUGUGGAGGCUAAUAACUUCUGUUGAGGCCUAUAAUAAGGCUCUUCCUGUUCUGAUGGUUUAUUAUGUGUGCAUGUGUGUUACUGUUACUAGCAGGCCUAUCUAGUUCAAGUUAAUGUGUUAGACUUCGUCAAGGUUACUGUUGACCAUUGACCUAGCAUAUUAUAUUUGUUUUAAGUUGUGUGGCUGAUGUAAGUCCUUCGAAGUCUUCUUUUAGGUUUGUAAGCACUAAGGUUGAUGUAAUGAAUUAUUGAGCUACAAGCUCAUGUAAUAUAUGUCUCUGGUUAUAUUUUUUCUUUGAUAUGAAGAUCUAUGUUGUGUGAGUGUUCUGACAGCUGCAACAACAAUCAUUAGAGCCCUUGAAUUCAACAGUGGUAUUGGAGCUUAAAGGAUCUUAAAGGACCUGUGAAGAAGAAAUGUAUGUCAUUUGGAACCUCAGGUUUACCAACUACUUCUGUAUUUUCUGGAGAGGGUUAUGAUUUCUGGUUUGUGAGAAUGGAAGCACUCCUAAAUGCUCAUGAUCUUUGGAGUGCGAUUGGGCAAGGGUACGCCCCUACUGAAUAUAAUAUCAGCGUCUAGCCCCACCAGGUGGGCGUAAAGUGGGUGGGGGUUAGGCUGGUGAUGCACAUGCUGAUGUUGACCCUUUAUGAGGAGAUGGCAUAGGACAGUAGCAUGCUUUUUAAGACAAGCCCUUAUAUCCACUUGGUGUUGGGUAAUAUAACAUACGAAUUUAUUUUUUCAGUUUUAUGAAACAAUUUAGCAUAACCAGAAAAUAGUAUAAUUUUCUUAGUUACAGAGGGGACCGGAGUUAUGAAAAUAAUCCUAGGCAAAUUCUUUUAUUCUCUAAAGAUGAGCUAAAUCGAUAAGGCCCAUCAAGUACUGAAUUUACAUUAUUAUUUAAAUGAUUUAAAAUUUAACAGUAUCCAAAUUAAUUUAAACAUUUAUGUUUACAAAUGUUAUGAUUUUGUUUGAUAAGUGGUGUGGAUGCCUUAGACGCUUGUAUGAUUGAUGACAACACCAGUGGUUUUUCUAGAGGGUAGUGGACUCUAGACAGCCGUCGUACCCAUUAUAUGCUUUGAGAUAGUGUAGCUACAUUGUCCUAAUCGUGUUAUGAGACAGUUUGGACUAUCUCAACAUAUCACUUGGUGGAUAAGAACAACAAAUUACAUGAUAGGACUAGGAGAGGACGUGGGAAUGAGAAUUGCAAGUAUAAGGAGGUCAUCUCUCACAUUCUAUGAUUUAAGUUACUGUUAGUUCUCUACACUCAACCAGAAAAUGCGGAUGAAAACACAACACAUUACUUUAUAAACAAGCAAACUUGAGUAAAUUACCCUUUUUUCUUUUUCAAAUGACAAGUGCCCCCAACAGAAAGCAAACAUAAUAUAUUUCAAAUAGAACCAUUGAUUACCAUCUUUCUACUUAUUCUACAAGGUUAUUCUAAAACCCUUCAGUAUAGUAUAUGCAGGCAUUCAAAGGGUGUAUGCACUUGGGGAGAAUUGCUUCAGCGUACUAGAUAUGCAUGUCACUUAUAGUGCAAGUGAUCCUAUUUUCACAGCAAACAAUACUUUUCAAACACGAUUCAAAUACAAGUCUUAUAAAUUGUGCAGCUCACCCAUAGUUCCAAGUCAUCCAUAAUAGAGGAAAAAAGUU